CCGGCUCGCAGGCGCGUCGGGACCCCGGAGGGAGGCGUCGCCCCCAGCCCGCCGGCCGGGGAGCCAGAGCUCCGCCCCGCGCCCGAGCAUCACUUCGCCGCGCGCCGCCGCUUCCUCCGGACUCGGGACCCCCAGCCUCGCCCCCGAAACAUGACUCGCGAUUUCAAACCUGGAGACCUCAUCUUCGCCAAGAUGAAAGGGUACCCUCAUUGGCCAGCUCGAGUAGAUGAAGUUCCUGAUGGAGCGGUAAAGCCACCCACAAACAAACUGCCCAUCUUCUUUUUUGGAACUCACGAGACAGCUUUUUUAGGACCAAAGGAUAUAUUUCCUUACUCAGAAAAUAAAGAAAAGUAUGGUAAACCAAAUAAACGAAAAGGUUUUAAUGAAGGCUUAUGGGAGAUAGACAACAACCCAAAAGUGAAAUUUUCAAGCCAACAGGCCUCAGCUAAACAGUCAAAUGCAUCAUCUGAUGUUGAAGUUGAAGAAAAAGAAACUAGUGUUUCAAAGGAAGACAGUGAUCACGAAGAAAAAGCAAGCAAUGAGGACAUGACUAAAGCGGCUGACAUAACCACUCCAAAAGCUGCCAGAAGAGGGAGAAAGAGGAAGGCAGAGAAAGUAGAAACCGAGGAGGCAGGAGUAGUGACAACAGCAACAGCAUCUGUUAAUCUAAAAGUGAGUCCUAAGAGAGGCCGACCUGCAGCUACAGAAGUCAAGAUUCCAAAACCAAGAGGCAGACCCAAAAUGGUAAAGCAGCCCUGCCCUUCGGAGAGUGACAUGGUUGCUGAGGAUGACAAAAGUAAGAAAAAGGGGCAAGAGGAAAAACAACCUAAAAAACAGCCUAAAAAGGAGGAAGAGGCCCAGAAGGAAGAAGAUAAGCCAAGGAAGGAGCCAGACAGAAAAGAGGGCAAGAAAGAAGCGGAAUCAAAGAGGAAAAAUGUAGCUAAGACGGGGGUCCCAUCAGCCUCUGAUUCUGAAGAAGAGGGAGAUGACCAGGAGGGUGAAAAGAAAAGGAAGGGUGGCCGAAAUGUGCAGACCGCUCACAGGAGGAACAUGCUGAAAGGCCAGCAUGAGAAGGAAGCCGCAGACCGGAAGCGCAAGCAGGAGGAGCAGGCGGAGACCGAGCAGCAGAGUAAAGAUGAAGGAAAGAAGCCAGAAGUUAAGAAAGUGGAGAAGAAGCGAGAGACAUCAAUGGAUUCCCGACUUCAAAGGAUACAUGCUGAAAUUAAAAAUUCACUCAAAAUUGAUAAUCUUGAUGUGAGCAGGUGCAUCGAGGCCCUGGACGAGCUUGCCUCCCUUCAGGUCACCAUGCAGCAAGCACAGAGACACACCGAGAUGAUCACAACCCUGAAAAAGAUCCGACGAUUCAAAGUUAGUCAAGUCAUCAUGGAAAAGUCUACAAUGCUGUACAACAAGUUCAAGAACAUGUUUCUGGUUGGUGAGGGUGACUCUGUCAUCACCCAGGUGCUGAAUAAGUCUCUUGCGGAGCAGAGACAGCACGAGGAAGCAAGUAAAACCAGAGACCCCGGGAGGAAAGGGCCUAGCAAAAAGCUGGAGAAGGAGCAGGCAGGUUCAAAAACUCUAAAUGGAGGACCUGACGCUCAAGACAGCAGUCAGCUACAGCAUAACGGAGACAGCAACGAAGACGGCAAAGACGGCCGUCAAGAAGCUGGCAGUAAGAAAAAGCCAUCCAGUGAAGAGAGAGAAACCGAAAUAUCUCUGAAGGAGUCUACAGUAGAUAACUAGAUUGAUACACAGUACCUGGAAUAUAAAGAACAUUUGAGAAGUUUGUAAUAGUUUUCAUUUGAAAUAUUUAGACUGCUGAAAGUUUUAAAUUUUUAUAAGCAUAGGUUUUGAUGUUUAAAACUUAAGGGAGAAAAUCUCAUUAAACAUUAUUGCUAAGUGUACUUGUGCAGUAUUACCAGCUAUAUUAUACAGUAAAUGUGGGGUGAAAUCCACUUAGAAAAAAUGUUCAACUACUUUUCCAGACAUGGUUGUAGCAUAUUUUUAGUUAGUGUGUGUAUGUUAAUGUAAUUGGUAGAACAAAGUUACAUUUUUAAAACUGCUGCUUGUAUAAAUAUUUCCCCUUUUCUCAGAUUCCGUGGGUUUUGUGUAUAGUUUUUACAAAUCUU